UGCGGCUGCCUCUGUGCACGUCCACGCGCAGCAACACCUGACUGCCGCCGCUGACUGAUUGACAGCAAAUCGGGCUCCCCGGGAGAGCUGGAGAGCCUGGCGCAGCGCCGUGAUGGAUGGAGAGGCGGCCCCGUGGAGCGGCAGGCGGCUCACGCGGCUGUACUGCAUGAACGGUGGCUAUCACCUCCAGAUACUCCCCGACGGGACGGUGCAGGGCCAGAGGGACGACACGGACGUUCACACUAUUUUAAUGCUUAAAGCUGUGGAUCGAGGUGUUGUGGUCAUCCAAGGAAGCGCAGCAGAGCUGUAUUUGGCCAUGAGCAGUGAGGGACGAUUGUACGGUUCACCCGCAGUAACUGAUGAGUGUUACUUCAUGGAGACGUUGGAAGAAAACCACUACAACACUUACCAGCCUCAGAAAUACAAGGACAGCAACUGGUACGUAGCACUCAAGAAGAAUGGAAACCCAAAACUGGGACCAAGAACCCACAUUGGACAGAAGGCCGUCUUUUUUCUCCCUCGACGGUCGGACGACACUGGAGAGUGAAAGUCACGUUCACACGCUGGGAGACCUCAGCUACACAAUUUAAAACUUGUAUUCGCUUUAAAACAACACGAUCACUACAAAGUAAGAAGACGACAGACUGUUCAACGAUGUGCCGGAAAGAAGCAGCCCAAUUUUUUAUGGAUGCCGUAUCCUUGAUGGAGAGUUUUGUCCAAAUGUUCCACCUGAUAUUAAUAUUUCAGAGCUAAAUGAAGUGACUGAUCAGAAAAAGCAUUAAUAAGUUUUGGUUCAGAUUCAGAUGGAGACAAAAGUCAGACUGCGCUGCGCUAGUAAAAUAUACUUUACAGGCCUAGAUUUUUCUGCUCGUUUUGCUCAGGUCUUACGAAACAAUUCCUCAGAUGAAUAACAGCUAAAACAAAAAUAACCUGAGAAAACUGUCCUCGAGUGUAUUUGCUACACACGUCAUAGUUCCAAUCCUCUUGUGAAAAACACGUGGUAAUUUAUGGUAACUUUCACAGCUCUCUUAAAAAGCUAAUGUGUAAAUGGAGUAUGUUGAAUAAACACCUGUGAUACCUGCUAAAUACUUGAUACCGAGGAGACAGACAACACAGUUAACUUCAUGAUUUAAACAACAGGAAUAAUAUUAAAGUCUUGUCAAGUCAGCAUCCAAUCAAAAGCCUUAAGUGAAGCUCCACGUGUGAACUGCAGUCUGUAAAUUGAUCCCACAGGAGGCUGUGUCACCCAGUUUAACGGAAACAAAUCACGAUCAGGUGAAGCCAUAACGUCAGACACACACGUUCUCGAGUGGCACUGCACCAAAUAAAAAGGUGAGAAUUCACAGGCAUUAAAAGAUUUAUUAUUACAAUGCCCUGAAUAAACAACUUCUAAAGACAAAAGCAGGAGAAACAGUGCCCCCUCCUGGAGAGAGUAGGAGCAGAACUGCUAGCGGUUAACAGGUGACAGGAUCAUAUACUAA